AUGGCAGUUCUGAUCAACAACUACUACUACAAGAAAGAAGACAAUUCCCCCGUAAUCGUGGUAGAAAAAAACGUCGGCUUAAACUAUGGCCUCCUCGGAAACAACCUCCCAUCUCCCCCCAAAGUUAUAAGCUUUUACAAGUCAUUAGGGAUUACCAAAAUACGAAUCUUCGACCCCAACACUGAGGUUCUUAAUGCCUUACGUGGCAACCGUGAUAUUCAAGUCAUCGUAGGUGUUAAGGAUCACUAUCUCGCUGCUCUUGCCGAGAGCGAAGAAGCUGUUAAGAACUGGUUCUCGACCAACAUCGAGCCUUACUUAGCCGACGUAAACAUCACGGUCCUCACCGUCGGUAACGAAGUCAUCCCCGGUCCAAUCGGUCCUCACGUGCUUCCCGUCGUGCAGUCUCUCACCAGCCUUGUCAAGUCGAGGAACCUACCGAUCUUGAUAAGCACCGUAGUGGCGAUGUCUAACCUCGAGCAAUCUUACCCACCUUCGGCUGGAUCGUUCUCUCCCCAAGCUCGUGAGCAACUAGUUCCUGUACUCAAGUUCUUGUCUCAAACCAACACGCCUAUCUUCGUCAACAUCUACCCUUACUUCGCUUACGUGUCCGAUCCCAUCCACAUCAGUCUCGAUUACGCCAUCUUCAACAAUAAACAUGUCGCUUUCCAGGACGGGCAAAUGAAGUAUACAAACCUGUUUGAUGCCAUCUUCGACGCUUUCGUGUCCGCAAUGGAGAAGGAGGGAGUGAUGGAUUUACCAAUGGUGGUGUCCGAGACCGGAUGGCCUUCCCACGGUAACGGGGAGAUGACAACGCGUUACAUUGCCUCUACAUACAACAGAAACUUUGUCAAACAUAUUGAAAGUGGGGCAGGGACGCCCAAGAGGCCAAACAGAAGCAUUGAAGGGUAUUUAUUCGCAACCUUUAACGAGAAUCAGAAACCAGCUGGGACUGAACAGAACUUUGGGUUGUACUAUCCUACUAAUAUGAAGCCUGUCUACAAGAUGUUUUGA